AUGCCCGGUGAAGUUCAAAAGUUCGAGCGCCAUGCAUCAAUCACACAGCAGCGUCGAUUGGCUCUCCAAUUCAAGCGUAAAGCUUGGCUGGGCCCUCCAUCAGAUACAAUUUACGGAGGAAUUUCCAGCAAAUUCGAUGACCGUCAUAUUACAACUAUAGCCAUUGCGCUACGUGAUACCACGUACUUAUUGGAUUUCAUUGAAAAGCGAUUCGAGGAUGGCUUAGCGUGCACGGAAGAAGCCACCGAGUUUAUAAUUUCCGAAUUAAGAAAUUAUUCAGAAGAGCAUAUGGAGAAGAUAGUUGGGUUAUCGAUGCCUCGUUAUAUCGCAGACCACUGCCCCACGCUCUGUUCUCGUCUGUGGGGGGAACUCGAUAUCGUUCCAUUGGUUAUGUCAAAUUCAACACUCAUUGAUCGAUUCAGUGUCGGACAGGAUUCCAACGAACAAGCUAAUAUAGCAGACGGGUGGGUAAAGACCAUUGACGAGCAGGCUGAAUCUAUGGCAAGAAAGGGGGUCAGGCUAUUUGGACCAGAGAACACUCCCUUGCUGCAAGUGGGGUUUCUAGGUCUUGUGGAGGUGGACACAGCUUAUCAUAUAAGGAUUGCAACUCUAAAUGACUUCAAAAAAACAGUCUCCUAUCGAACGUGGGCGGCGGUGCAACACUACGCCGAUGAAAUGAAACGGCGCAAGGUCAAGGUUGCGUUUUUUAGUUCCUCGCCCCAGGGAGGCGGAGUAGCCUUGAUGCGACAUGCUUUGUUACGAUUCUCGAAUGUCUUAGGAACGGACCUCAAAUGGUACGUGCCAAAACCACGGCCGGACGUGUUCCAGGCGACUAAGAUAAAUCACAAUAUCCUGCAAGGCGCUGCGCAUCACGGUGAACGUUUGACACCAGAGAAUAAGAAGCUGCUGCAAGAGUGGAUCGAGGAGAAUGCGAGGAGGUACUGGACCCGUGGAGGCGGCCCUUUACUUCCACCUUCAGAAGGCGGCGCAGACGUAAUAAUCAUCGACGAUCCCCAGAUGCCAGGCGUCAUUCCUAUUGCUAAACAGCACUCUCCAGAUCGACCCAUCAUCUUUCGAAGCCACAUUCAAAUUCGAAGGGAUUUGAUCGCAACGCCCGGCUCCGCACAGGCUGAGGCAUGGGACUUUCUGUGGAAUAAUAUCCAACUUGCCGACAUCUUUAUCAGCCAUCCUGUGAACGAAUUUGUGCCGUGGAAUGUGCCCCCAGAGAUCGUGGGCUAUAUGCCUGCAUCAACCGACUGGUUGGACGGAUUGAACAAGAAUAUGCGAGACUGGGAUAUUGCACACUACGGUCGUAUCUUCAAUGCAGCUUGUCGGAACGCUGAAAUGCCAACCAUCCAAUUCCCAGGGGACACAUAUAUUGUGCAAAUUGCUCGAUUCGAUCCCUCCAAGGGUAUCUCGGAUGUGUUGGUUUCAUAUGAGAAAUUCUAUAACAAGCUUAUAGCCAAUGCCCCCGACGCGGUUCCCCCCAAAUUACUGCUAUGUGGACAUGGGUCAGUGGACGACCCUGACGGAGCCCGUGUAUACGACGAAGUAAUCGACUACCUGGAUAACAAAGUCUCCGAUAUCCGCCAGCUGAUUUGUGUAAUGCGCCUACGACCAGUCGAUCAGGUCCUGAAUGCCCUUCUCUCCAAGGCCACCAUUGCACUGCAGCUUUCUACCUCCGAAGGGUUUGAGAUCAAAGUCUCGGAGGCAAUUCAUAAAGGCAAACCGGUGAUUGCUACCCGGGCUGGUGGCAUUCCGCUGCAGAUCGAAAAUGGGAAAAAUGGGUUUCUGGUCGACGUUGGCGACACCGACGCAGUGGCGCAGCAUCUAUUUAAACUAUGGACAGAUGGUGAUCUGUAUAAUCGUAUGUCGACGUACGGCCUCAAUCACGUCAGUGAUGAAGUGAGUACGGUAGGCAGUGCGCUAGACUGGCUCUAUCUCUCUGCCAAGUUAUCGCGCGGCGAGACUCUGCAGCCCAAUGGACGUUGGAUAGAUGAUCUGGCAUUCGAGGAGGCCGGAGUUCCAGACAGGAAAGACGAGCUGCGAUUGACCCGCGCAGUUCAGGUUGAAAGAAUGGGCUAG